AAAGAGGGUGGUGGAAGAAAGAGGGAAGAGGGAUAAAGCCGGUAUAGUGGGGAAAGAGGCGGGGUUGCCUCACUCGAAUAUCCUUGCGUGCUUUUCCAGGGGACUUCGCCACUUCAGUCAGACAGAAGUCAUCCCCCGUGUCGUCCACGUCGUGUCAUUUCUACAGAAUCAAAUCGCGUUGACAAAUCUUCGUCGAUCGAGCGUUCGGUGGUUCGCGACAGGUGUCGUUUUGUGUUUUUUUUUUUUUUUUCUUUCUUUCUUUCUUUCUUUCUUUUCAAAACAGUGCGUCGUGGUAACAGUGGUAACGAGCGAUCGAUCCCGAUGCGCUGAUCUUUAGCUCAAGAUCGUUGGCGGAAUAAAAUCGAUGAAAAAAGAGCAUAGGUCAGAGAUCGAAAUGCAGGCUCAACCGGUUGCCAUUCAGACCCAAUUACGAGCGCAGGUUUUAUACCCGCUCGGCGAUGGCUCGGGUAUACCGAACAGCGCGGGAAGUAGCGCCAGCAAUUCGCCGGAUCAUUACGAGAGAUUUUCACCACCGACCCAUCUGAUGGAUCUGAGCAACGCGCCGGAACAUCGGGGACUACCGGGAUUUCAUCCGCAUCAUCACCACCACCACCAUCAUCAUCAGAUGUACCAACAGCCGGCUUACAUCGUCUACGAUACCAUGGAGGACAAGAGGUUUCAGGAACAACAGAAACUCUUGCAGUACGAGAGGGAGGUUCACGUGCAGGGGGAAUACGAGAGGAGGAUCGACGAUCAUUCGCCCGGUUUUUUGUCGGACCACAGCCACGCGAGCAGAGAUCACGAGCAGAGUCUCUACCUGACGCCCUCGCCCCAGAUGUAUUCGUCGGGGGAAGAGAUGACGACGGCACCGCCGUCGAACGCGUACAACACGUCGGAUUACAAAGCCGAUCCGGCGGAAUAUAAGCCGGAAAUCGUACAGGGAAACGGCGAUCAGGUGCAGGCGAAUAGCAAACAGUUCACCGAGUCCAGACCGGCCUCCGCCGUCAAGAGAAAGAGGAAAUCGAGUCUCGCCGAUAUAAACAACGAAUCGGACGGAGAGAGUCAAUCUUCAUCGAGCUGCACCGGCGGUAGUAAAUUAAAAGUGCGACGAAAGAGCGGCGCUACUUUCGAAGAGAUACAAAAUCAGAGAGUCAUGGCGAACGUACGCGAACGACAGAGGACGCAAAGUCUCAACGAAGCUUUCGCCUCUCUGAGAAAAAUCAUACCAACUUUGCCCAGCGAUAAACUCAGCAAAAUACAAACCCUCAAACUCGCCACGAGGUACAUAGAUUUUCUUUAUCAAGUGCUGCACUGCAACGCCGAGAACCCCGAGGGAAACGAGGACAACGGAGAAGGUAGUCCGAGAAGCGCAGUUCUUGCAGCUAGGGAAAUAACGUCGUCAUCCUGCAGUUACAUGGCGCACGAAAAAUUGUCGUACGCUUUCAGCGUCUGGAGAAUGGAAGGCGAUUGGAACUCGAAUCUGUAGGCAAAAAAAAACAAGAGGAAGACCGGCGAAGAUAAAGAGGAAGCUGCAGGAGGGAGAAAAUUAUUAUUCGAAGGAGUCAACGAUAAUUGUGAUGUCGCGGAGGCGUUUUCCGCUAUCACCCGAUGCGGUGUAAUAUAUGUGAAAAAUAGAAGUAACGAAACGCCCCGGUAAAAAUUUUAUCUACAUGGAUUAAUUUAAGUGGAGUACAAUCGAUGAGUCGAUCAGUUUUGCGUUAUAUCCGCGUUGACAUGACGGAAAAUCUGAUUUUUUAUUUGUUUCUUUGUUUUGUUUUUUUCGUUCAUUCAAAAUCUCGUUAGCGGUUUUCAUUCGCACAUAUAACGUCGAAGGUUUUUACCUUCCUGACUCAUUGUAUUUUUUUGUAUAUUUUGAUACGGUUACAUAUAGCGAGUUAUUAUGAUAUAGACCGGUUUAUUUCGCAAUUUUCGCUGGAUCGAAAAUUGCGAAAUAACGCGAUGAUGUAUAAAUCAUGGAGAGAUUAAUUUUAAACGCGUUCAAGUUUUCCUGUCUCCGACGAUCCGUUCAAAUCUUUCGUUGAUAUUCCUAUUUUUUUUUCCUCUUACAAAUAUCGAAAACGCCCGAUAUACAUACAGAUUGUCCAUACAGAACGGAUCCGAAGAGACAUCGCUAAGCGAAGACGCAUCUAUAACUCGAUUUCCGCUUCCGUGCCGCGCGGCGGUAUCGCGAUGCAGACGAUCGUCAUCGUCAUCGGAUGCCGCGCGCGGUAACAGAGAAAUUCAGGAAUGAAAGCCGAAAACACUUUAAACCGCGAUGCUUGUACCGUAAAUAAUUUAUGUUUCCUGUUAGCUGGCUCUAUUAGAUACUUUGGCGUCUAGAAAUUGUCGUUAUUCCCUAGGCCGCCACCGUUGGCACGGUCGCAUAAAACCGGCACCGAUGCAACGCAACAAACCAUCGCGUAUCAAAAAUCUGCUUAUUAGCAAAGUGUCCGUCACCGGUGCCUCGGUCGCAGCACGAGGCGACGAAACACGCGGAUCUUGCUCCGCUGCCUCGUCAACCGUCUCAAAAUUCACCGGGUGAAAAAACGAACGAUCUUCCGUCUUCCUCGGGCUUUCCUCGACGCUCGAGUUUUCAUCGCCGCGCACUUGAGGAGGAGCUGAACGCCGCGAGGUAGCCGCCCUUAACAAGGUCAAAAUACGUAAACUCGAGAGUUCUCUUCGUUUCAACAGCGAUUUUGUCGUUGAUAUUUUUCACCCCCCCCCCCCCCCCUCCCCCCCCACACGGUGCAGGCUACCAGAUUCGGUAUUAUGUGUGUACCUAUGCGCGGUGCCGCGACCUUACCCAAAGAAAACAGAGCGAAAAUUGAGGGGAAAAAUAAAAUAAUGCCAACGAGAAUAUUUCGGCGCCCGUUAAUGCCGCAGCCUCCGCGCGAUAAUGGGACUAUACGUUCCGGGUGGAAUAUUAUAUUUUCUCAAGCCUGUACCACGACCGCGUGUCCGUAUAACCGCGUUUUUAAAAACAUCCAUCUCGGUACAAAGAAGAAGAAGAAGAAGAAGAAGAAGAAGAAGCAGCUUCUGCUGUUACCACUGCGUUAGACUAACUCGCGUUGCAGCCCUGGUGAAUCCCUGGCGUACACGAAGCACUGUACAAUAAGCUAUAACACGCCGUGUUUGGGUAAUCGGUACGCAUAGCUCAUAUCUCGUAUACUAAAACUCUACGCGGUAACCAUAACCGUGUGAAUAUUUUAGAGGGAGUUAGUUAUUUUAAGCUAAACCAAAGCAAACUUUUCCCUCGCCUUCUAUAUAAUGUGCAUGCGGCAACGGGAACGGCACCGGUUAUAACAUGGCCCCAACCGACUGUCCCUCACAGCGACGACUCAAUGAUUUUUACGCUAAUGGAUCACAUGUAUAUUUUGCCACUCGUGAUUUUUUUGGUUUUUGUUUUUUUUUUUAUUUCUACCUUUUUUCUCAUUCUCGAAUAAUUUAUAGAUGCAGUGUAUUGUACGUGUAUUUGAGUUUUUCAAUUCGAAAAUAAUCGAUGUAAAUAAUUAUGUGAAUAGUUACACGUUGUGUAAACGGGUCGUCCUAUGAUAUAAUAUGCGCGAUAUGUGAUGUACCGAUGGAAUAUAGUAAGAAACGGUGAAAAUUUAUCAACUGUAACACGACCGGAGAGCCCGUUCUUCCUAAAAGUUUCCGAAGCGAUCGCGUCGUGCGAUAAAUAAGAUUUUACAUCUAUCCGUGUUCCUUCGAUGUGUAUAUAUAUAUAAUUUUCGUACUUUACUUUUUAUUUUUCUCCAAAUUCAUUUUCUCCCGAUGUCUUUUUACCAGCGGUAACGUAAUAGCCGUUAUAAAUCUCUUUGCAUUCAAUUAGAAGAGACACGUCGCUCUCUCCGAAAACUCGGUUCUCCUUUUUCUCCUCCCCUGUAGGAAAGCUAACUUAUACACGCGUGUCGUUAUAGCGAGAAGCCAAGAGAGGGCAAACUUCUUGUUACGAUGCGGGGAUAUAAAAACAAACGACGAAACCUAUAGAAUUUCGUUCAGUGCAUCGUUCACAAAAUUUACCAUCUCUAAUGGCGUGUGCAUGGCAUUUUAUGUAUCGGUAGAUAUAUUUCACAUUCGUUGUAUACAAUACGGAUACGUAUUUGAAUCGGAGCGGUUUAUUUUCUUCUUCUUUUUUUUUUUAUUGUCUCGUACCGCGAGACACCGGAGAGCCGAUAUUAACUCCUCUUUUUAUUUGAUUUUUUAUAUCAUUUGUUCCUCAUCGCGAUAAGUAACGCGCAUUUAGCAGACACCCCGUAUGUAUGUAAUAAUGCGUAUCCUGAGACGGGUAAAAAAUUGAAAAAGACGGGGACAGCUGUCGCGUCGUGGGGGAUGAGCUGGUGGCGUCGGAAAGUCGGUGACGAACUUCAACUCAACAUACAUAUACAAUUCGUUGUUAUUCCACCGUAUCAUCGUUUAAUUCUAUACUUGAAUAUUCGAUUCUAAUGUAAUACGUCUCCCGAUUAUGCUUUACGCUAUGCGAUACGCUAGAAUGUUUGAACAAUUUACGACGUCGGUAUGUAGGUAUGAGAUGAUCACCUAGUGAGAUUGUCGUGGAAACAUAUCAAUCAAAGAAACACGUAGAUGUGACGGUAUGAAGUUGACCAUUUGCCAAAGUUGACGUGCCCGAAUGAACCAAAAAGAUUUGUAUACACUUAUAUCGAAGCAAGUUUAAAGCGGCCUUUAAGUUUCGAAUCAUUCAAGAGUUCUCAAAGUGCCAAAGAAGUGCCUAAAUCUCGUAACGCACAUAAUCUCUUUUUCGAAGGUGAAUAACCCUCUAAACUAUACACUCGUAACUUUGUCGAGGCCCCGAGGUGGCGAUGCCAAAUAAAAUAUGUAUUUCUGAAAAAAAAAGAUUUAAAUUCCUAUGUAAAAUCCAUUAAAAUUCGAAAAAUGAAUCCCUCGGUCUCGAGUUUUACGACCUGUGUAUCGCUGUUUAGGUAAAACUAUUUUGAUAGAAUUAAUUGAUUUAAGCGAAAAAAUUUAAUAGUCUUAAGAUAACGAAAAAAAAAACGGAAAAACCAAAAAAAAGAAUCAACCCUAGUGCCUUACUUGAUAAGCCUUGCGGUCAUACAGCUAAAAUACCAAAAUUUUCAAGUGUACAGUAUUUUCGAUUCGGUUUUCAACAAUAUCGUAAUAAGAUAUUACUAUAAUAGUAGUGAUGCAGCGAUUAUCAAUGUAAUAUUUUGAAUCGCCAUCGUUGUUAUCUGUUUUUUAUUUUUUCUUAUGUAUAUAUUGUACUAAUAAACUUUAUAUAUCUGAGCGAUGAUACAUCAUGUAAAUAUUUUUAAGGACAAUAUUCGAUAGAGGCAUUUAUAUAUUGCAUUGUGUAUAUUAGAACUUGAAGAAAAACUACUUCUGGUGUCUUUAGGGGCCGGAUUAUGCAAUAAUUUAUUAACGACGGAUAAUUAGGAAAGCAAAGAACGAGGAGAACGAUUAAUGAUUGUUUCUUUUUUUUUGUCAAACUCUGUACAUAGAUUCGGAUGAAUACCCCAUAGAUAUAUACGUAUAGUGCCUUAUACUUUGAUAUAGAAUAAUUAAUUAUUUUCACGAUUAGAUACUUAAGGAUUUUUAGUUUAAGACUUUAACGUUAGAUUUUCAUUCCUCUGUUAUUGCUAUCCGAUAAUUUGUUAGCAUUCUACGAUAUUAUCUAUAUAUUAAUAUUAUUAUAAAAACCUUAUAACAUAAAUAUGUUUAUAUUGUACAGUAUUUUUAUAUCAUUCGUCAAAGUCAUCAUUACUUUAUUAUAUUCUAUAAAUAAAUGGUAAUAAUGAAAAUUA